AUGACCUGCAAACUGCACCACAAGGACAGGAGCGACCUGCCUCAUGAAGGCUCCAUCUGUGGGCCCCAUGGGCCAGCUGCUGGCCUCUCUCACGAUCCUUCAGCCCAAGCUGCUCAGGCACGAUGCCCCAGCCAUAAUCCUUCCCCUGCCGGCUUAGCCAGCCAGCUCUCUUCUGAGCUUCUACCUCUCGAAAGACUCAAAAGAUUCACCGCCAACACCCUGGUGCAGAACAACCCCCAAAGGUCCUGUGUCCAUGCCUCAACUGGUCAGAGCAAUGUCCAAUCCAGUGCAGCGUGGCUCAUUGUCCUGCAGGGGGGCCACUUCCAUGAGUGCCGUUCCCGGUGUCGGCCCUGGACGUCAUUCCUAGGGAGUUGCAGUGAAUGUGGACUUCCCCAAACUUGGAGUUUGAUCAGUCACUGGGGCAAUGAGACUGUGGUGUUUGGGAACGUCGCGCAUGAUAAUAAAACAGUAAACGUCUUUUUUUCUGUGUUAGGAAUAUUUAUUUUAAGGCGUUUGUUCAGUAUGAGUUACAGGAGGAGAGAGAUGGACUGGCGGUGGACAGUUUUCACACUGUUUUUGAACUUUCAGUUCACUUACGGGUCUCCCUCCUCAUAUGACUUGUUCCAUGGGUCUGCAUACACUGGAGUGGUACAGAGGCACAGAAACAGGAACUGGUGUGCCUAUGUGGUUCGCAGGAACGUGAGCUGCGCCGUGCAGGGGAGUGUGGAGAGCUUCCAGGAGCCCGUAGUGGCCCCCUGCCCAGCCUACCAGCCCGACUGCCAGCAACAAGUGACAUACCAAAAUCGGUUUCGACCCACGUACAAGAUUGCCUUCAAGACGAUCACGGAGUUGGAGUGGAGAUGCUGUCCGGGUUACCAAGGUCUCGACUGUAAAGAUUUAAAACCACCCCCAGACCGGCAAACAGUUCAGGGAACACAGCCUUACCUCCCACCAAAUCCUGGAUAUACACCCAGACACACACAGAGGCCAGAGCGGCGAGAGACAGGACACCAUGAGACUAGGCAUGGUGGAACAGACAAAGUGCAUCUUCUCGAAGGUGAAGUUCAGCGCUUGUCUCGGACAGUCCAGGAUCUUCAGACCGCUCUGACAGGGUUAACGGCCAACCUCCGCACAGACUUGCAGGAAGACACAAAGAAGAUUUUGGUGACGCUUCUCAACAACAUGCGUCCGCCGGACGGUGCUAUGGAUACCAAUGCAGAAGAGAUUCCGGCAGUACUGGAUGGUCAUCAAGCAACCAGAGGUGGAAUCACUGGAGACAAGGCUUUAGAGAAAAUAGUGACCCGGUUAGAUGAUAUCAACAAUGAGCUGAAAAUCAAGGAAGAAGCUUUGGAAGACUUAAGAGGAACCAUGUCAAGCCAUGAGGGGCAGAUCCGCGUCCUGAUGGAUGCCUCUCAGUCUCAGACUCCAGCCAUGGCGGAGUUUGAUGUUAUACAGACCUACAUUGACGGAAAGUUUGAGAAGCUGAAGACAGAGAUAGACAAGAAUAUGGAGGAACAUGUGGCCAGGCUACAAAGCUCAUGCAGUGACAAGCUCAAGACUUGUGAGGACAGCCGUGAUCAAGGUUUGGCCAGUCUGACCAAGCUGGUGGAUGCCAAGGAGGCCGAUCUGAGAAAGGAGAUCCGGGCGCUACGUCUGGACAUGGCUGCUGCAGAUGGACCUAUACGAACUCAACGGCAGACGGAUCCAUCCAAAGCGCAAGAGGAUCGCAGUGACCACAAAGACCUGUGGCGUGAGAUUGACCGUAUUGCAGAGGCUCACCGCGCCCUGAAUGCCCGCUUUGACAACGAGCUGGUGCACCUUUCUGAACCUCAGGGUGACACUGAUUUCAAUCUAAUGAUGGAGGAGCUGGAGGCACGCAUUAAUAUCACAGAGCAAAAUGCAGAGACUCACUGUUUCUACAUUGAAGAGAAGCUGACCCGUACAAUUGAGGACAAGGUGGAAGCACUCCGGCAGCUGCUGGAGGAGCGCCUGAACAACAUGGAGGACCAGUUUACAAACACGCUGUUGGAAAUAAGCAACACCUCCCUCUCUGGGAUGUUUGCUGACUCCGUGGAUGCCCUCCAGACAGAAGUCAACAACAAUAAGUUCCUGCUCCAGGGUUUGGAUGAUAAGGUCAAUGCUGUUGGGGAGUUGUGCUCUGCAGGAUGUUCUGGAACAGGAAUUAGCGUAGCUGCAUUGAGUUCAUUGCCCACAUUUAAAGGUUUUGAAAACAUUUUGAAGGACCUGAGUCGACACAGGAACAACUUGGACAUUCUUAACACAGAUGUCAACUCCAACAAAGACAAGCUUCGGCAACUGGAGGGUCUUGUUGGAAGGGAAUCAGCUGCAAAUGAGAAUCGUGUGAAAACAAUGGAGGACUUCAAGAAGGGACUAAUUAAUCUGCAAGACAAUGUGCUCGGUCUUGCUAGCACUGUUACUGGGUUAAGUGAUUCCUUAAAGCAAUACAACCAGGAUAUGCACAGCAUAAACUCAACAUGUUGCCAUGCAGAGCAGAGCAGCGCUCGAGGUCCAGUGCGGACCAACUGGGCAUCAGUGCCCAGUAGUCAAGCAGACAACACCAGACGUGAGGUGGAGGAGCUGAAGAACAGGCUUGAUUCACUCAGCAGGCAGUUGUCAUCUGAACUGAGCCAAUGUAAACAGAACACACAGGGUGUUUCUGAUGGCAUCUCUGCUGUGGAUGAACGUAUGAACCAACUUGAAAAGGUGUGUGGAAGGUUAGAUGUGGUUUCUGCCAACAUUGGAGAGCUGAAAGAUGGACUGGACAGACACGUUGGUGGUCUGCGGGACUGUGUGUCCAGGAUGAACGCCACCUGCGGAAAUCACAGCGCAGACAUCAUCGCAUUGCAGAAUUCCUUGCAGAGGCUCCAGGCACAGCUGUCUGCGUUGGCCAAACAUGUUUCGAAAGACGUCACUGCCAAAGAGCCAGGAAUGACCUUAAGACCAGAGAGGCCCGUGUCUUUGCCAGAUUCAACUCCAGGCAGAACAAGGAUCCCACAAAUCCACAUCCCUUUCAUCAUCCCACCGCCGCCGUCCAGCCCAAGGCAGCCGAACUAUCCCAGCCAACCACAGCAGCCCAACGUGCACACGAUCAAGAUCAGUCCGCCGAGCCAGCCGACCAGACCCCAGCAGCCAGGCCACGCCACGCUUCCCCGGGUUCCCGUCAGGCCGGUGGUGGAGACGGGCGAGGCCGGACCUCCGGGGUACACCCGCAGGGUGACUGUGCGGAGAGGGUCGGAGGACUCAUCCAGCUCGCCUGUCAAAGGAUUUGCUGGAGCACCAGGAUAUCCACCUCUGCAGCCCGCAUCAUUCAAGCCUCAAUCAAGCAGCCGCCAAGUUCCUGUUGCAGCAAAGGUGCCCUGGAACCCGAUGCAUCACGCUCCUGUUGAAACGCCAGGUCCAGUUUCAGUCGACAACAGCGCCUUCGCAGAUCCUUUCUCCUUCUCUGCUGGCCUCACGCAGCAGCCGCUCUCUGGAGACUUUGGCUUCAUCCGCUUCAACAGAGUUCUAGUCAAUGACGGCGCACACUACAAUCCCCACACAGGGAUCUUCACUGUACCUAUGGAUGGCCGAUACCUGAUUUCCGGACUGCUGACAGCAAAGCAGGGUGACCGUGUAGAGGCCGUCCUGUCUGUGUCUAACCGCAGCGUCCAGAGGCUGCAGAGCUCAGCGGGGCCUGCGGCUGGACACCACGGGGGCUCGGCUGGUGCUAACUGCGGCUGCGGAGGCUCCGUGUCCUUCAGUCAGAUCCUCCCCCUGAGGAAAGGAGACCGCGUGGGGCUGGUGAGGACCGGAGGGCAGCUGGCCACCACCGGGGCCAGGGAGAUCCUCUCCACCUUCAGCGCCAUCUUCCUGUACGCACCACAGGCCGACAGAUAGCCGGAGCUCAGCAAGGACUAGUUGGUUCCCAAAUAGCUGGACUGGAGGAAAUGUUGAAUAGUUUUCACUGAUUUGCUGUGAUGCAGUGCCACUGUGUGAAGAUCCUCACCUAUAAAUUCAGUUAAAAAGUCAUUACAUUGCAUUUGCCAAAUAUACCUGAAUACAAGAAGCAGAAUUUGUUUCUAAUAUAUUUGAUUAUCAAGUUUUUGUACCUAUUGUGAAUGUCUCAUGUAAAUAAGUGUUUAUAAAUUAACAUAAAAAUGCAUAUUAUUUUAACAAAACCCACUCAGAGACUCAUAUGAGCAGAAUAUGAUAUUGUUGGUUAGGCAAUAAACCAUGAUAAAUCAGAGUUUGAGCUCACUUCAUCUUACCGUGUAAUCUGCUCUGCUGGAGGAGAGAAUGAUGAUGUUUAAUAAACAUACGUGAUGUGAUAAAAAAAAAAAAGGUUUAGCAACACAACAAGCUUUUAUUAAUGUUACAAACUUGGCAGGCUUCGGAAAACUGCGCUGAGAAAGAAGGUUAGAGGGCAAAAAAGCCAUUUGGGUCAUUACGUAAAGUGGGUGUGGAUGAAAAACAAAUUUCCCCUCACCUCACUCCUGAGACUUAAAAUAUUCCAACAGCAAACUGUAAGAAGCAGCAGGAGUGUAUUUAGCCUUCAGUCCAGCCUCUGUUAACCUUUAAAAGAAGAGAAAAACACUCAUUUCUAUUCAGUUAAUUCAGCGGACUCUUGUUUGGUUGUUAUUCAAUAAAACAAACAAAUGCGAUACCACUGCAAUAACCUUAUUCAUGUAUCGAUGAUUAAAAAUAAGCAACAGGGUAAAAGUUA